AUGGCUAGGCCAGAACCAUUUUUAGCAGAUGGCAAUCAGGAAUUAUUUCCCUGUGAAGUCUGUGGAAGACGCUUUGCAGCAGAUGUUCUGGAAAGGCAUGGACCAAUAUGUAAAAAACUCUUCAACAAAAAACGUAAACCUUUCAAUUCCUUGAAACAAAGAUUGCAGGGCACUGACAUUUUCACUGUGAGGACCACUCCUCAAUCCAAGCCUCCCCCCGUGAGGAAAGCUAACUGGAGACAACAACAUGAAGACUUCAUUAAUGCAAUUCGAUCAGCAAAACAGUGCACCCUAGCCAUUAAGGAAGGCCGGCCUCUCCCACCUCCUCCGCCUCCGUCCAUCAACCCAGACUAUAUUCAGUGCCCAUAUUGUAUGAGGAGGUUUAAUGAAAAUGCAGCCAGUCGGCAUAUUAAUUUCUGCAAGGAUCAGUCUUCCCGCCGAGUCUUUGAUCCAGCCCAGACAGCAGCCAAACUGGCAUCCAGAGCACAGGGCAGGGCCCAGAUGAGUACCAAAAAAGAACCUACUGUUACCAGUGCUGUGGGAGCUCUGCUACAGAACAGGGCCCUCGAGGCUACAAGAGUGGCCCCAACCAGGCCAGGAUUAGCAGUGGACCCUGCUUCUGGAGCAAAACUCAAACAAGGAUUUACUAAAUCUUCUAAAAAAGAUUAA